GGAAUCCCCUUUUCCAAAAGAAGAAAAGAAGAAAAGAAGAAAAGAAAAGAAGGGAAGAAGCAACCAUUCGGCCCGCAGCUCCCGUCGGACAAAACCGCGCAUCUCGCCGUCCGAAGCGAGACCACACGCGUCUCGGCGAUCCCAGCACACACCCAUGGCGGCGGCGGGCAGCGGCGCGGGAGCGGCAGGAGGAGGGGGGAAGGUGUCGUUCAAGAUCAUCCUCACCUCCGACCCCAAGCUCCCCUUCAAAGUGUUUAGCGUGCCCGAGGCGGCGCCGUUCACCGCGGUUCUCAAGUUCGCCGCCGAGGAGUUCAAGGUCCCUCCCCAGACCAGCGCCAUCAUCACCAACGAUGGAGUUGGUAUCAACCCGCAGCAAAGUGCAGGCAAUGUGUUUCUAAAGCAUGGAUCAGAGUUGCGCCUCAUUCCCCGCGAUAGAGUUGGAGCAUUGGGUACUUCAUUCUAGAUUCUACAGUCCAUAACUGAGAAACAUAACAAACUUAACAGAAUAAAGUCUAUGUUGAGUGCGAGCUUGCUUGUAUAAUGUGACAAGUUGAUGAUAAUUUAUCGACAGUCUAUAUGCUACUUUCAACGUGUUGACCGGGUAUUAUAUGGUUAA